AUUUUCAUCGAAUGGCUUGGAACACGGCGCAAGCUUGUAAUAAAUGGCUAACUGGUCUUGCAUUUGAAAAUAUUAUUGUUUAUCGAAUUAUCAAUUCGAUUUGAAAUGAAUUUACAGUUUAAUAUUUAAUUUGUGUGUCAAAUGUAGUACCAAUUGAUUUGUGCAUCACCUCAUUUUGAUUUUAUUAUAAUUUGAAGUGACUCUGUGAAAAUCCCUGGACAUUGAUCUCAUUUUGUUGAAACCUUUGGUUCAGAAAUGCACUUAAUUAUUACUUUAAUAAUUUUGAUUAGUGCAAAGAUUUGCAGUACUCAAGAAGGCUCUAUCCAUGUUAGUGAACAAUCCACAAACACAAAAUCUACUGGUUUAUACACUAUUGAAGGAAAGAUUUUUCCACCUCCAAAUGUAUCUAUAACCCCGUCUUGGUUCACAUCUACCAGGAUAAUUGUAAACUAUGGCCAAUUCCUUGCUUUCAUGAGAAAGGAUGGCAGUUUUGAGAUAGGACAAGUACCUUCUGGAUCUUAUUUGGUUGAAGUCACUAAUCCAGAUUUUUUCUACAAGCCAACAAGGGUUGAUAUCAAUUCAAAAGGUAAAAUACGAGCUCGAAAAGUAAAUUACAUUCAAAGCUCAGCUGUUCAGCAAAUCAGUUAUCCAUUAAGAUAUCGACCUCAAUCUCCAUUCAAAUAUUUCCAAACAAGAGAAACUUGGAGAAUCACAGACUUCCUAUUCAAUCCAAUGGUAUUGAUGAUGGUUCUACCUUUGAUUUUGAUAAUGGUUUUACCCAAAAUGAUGAAUGUAGCUGAUGUUGAAACACAGCGUGAGAUACAAAAUAGACAAAUUCCUAAAUAUGAUGUCCCCGAAUUAUCUGAAAUGAUGACAAACUGGUUCAACAGUGGAGCUUCAAGUCUCAAUAAGCCUGAUUUGGCCGGCAUGAAGACCAAUAAAUUGACACGAAAAAGAUAGUUCAGUGAAUGAUAAUAUUUGGUUGAAUAUGAUUCAGUUUUCACAGCUAAAUUUAUUCACAAUCUUUAAUUAUAUCUUUCAUAACUCAAUCUGCCAUUUCUGAUGCCAAUAAUUUAUCCCAAUCAAUUUACAUGUAUUAUAUAACCCUUCAAGAUGUCUGUAAAAUUAAAGCAGCAAAAAUAUGUAAAAAGACUAGACAAUUAAAAACAAUCGUUUAUUACUCAUCAAA